AUGUGGGAAAAUCAAUUUCAUGUUGGGAAUUCGAGCUUCAAGAUUAGACGGUCUUCCUCUUCGACCUUGCCUCCCUCCAACCGGGCUGCCUUCAGCAUCUCUCUGGGCCUAGCACCCUGUAAUGACUCAUCAAAAGCGCCCCAAAACGUCCGCGAACACAGGGAAGAAGCUAGCAGCAGCGAAGAAGUCAUUGAAGAAGAAAAACAUGGCCUCCGUCAAGUCGAAGAACGACAAUUUGCGGCAAGUGCUGGAUCGACAGGCGUCGGGGCUCCAAGCGAUUCAUGGGAUUUCACAAACCCAUCCUCAUCCUCAUCCUCAUCCCCAAAGAACCACGGAAAAGACGCUUUCCGUUAA